CGGAGAGGCAGGACAGAGAAGAAACCUUCAAGCCUCCUCCUCCUCCUCCUCCUCCUCACCAUCCUCAUCCUCACCGGGAGACAACAUGCUGUCCGCCUCCGCUCUGCUCCUGCUCCUCGGCCUCAGCUCCGCCGCCUGCUUCGAGCUGCUGCCGGAGGAAGCUGCUCCCCGCCGGGCACGGUUCUCCGCAAACAGUCCGACUGAUGUGGCCAGGUGUUUGAACGGCGCCGUCGCCGUGGGCUGUGGAUUCUUCUCCUGUCUGGAGAACUCCACCUGUGACACCGACGGGAUGCACGAAAUCUGUGAACUCUUCCUCCACUCAGCUGCUACCUUCAACACAGAGGGUAAAACCUUCGUCAAGAAAAGUCUGCACUGCAUCUCUCAGGGAAUCUCAGCCAAGGUUUUCCAAACCAUCCGCCGCUGUAACAUCUUCCAGAGGAUGAUCGCCGAGGUGCAAGAGGAGUGUUACACCAGUCUUGACAUCUGCACCGUGGCUCGAACCAACCCAGACGCCAUUGGAGAGGUGGUGCAGGUGCCCACUCACUUCCCCAACAGAUACUACAGCACUCUGCUGCAGACCCUGCAGGCCUGUGACGAGCAGACGGUGGCGGCGGUGAGGGCCGGCCUCGUAGCCCGCUUAGGCCCCGACAUGGAGACCUUCCUCCAGCUGGUCCAGAACAAACCCUGCACCACCAGCUCCACCUCCCCGACCUUCAACAACCCGUCCAGCUGGAGGAACAUGCCCGUGUUCAACAUCCAGCCGGGCUUCAGAGGCCGAGACCCCACCCACCUGUUCGCCAGGAAGAGGUCUGUGGACAACCUGGAGGGAGGAGUUAAAGCCGAGCAGUAGAGAACACACACUUGCUACCACGCACACUCACAUGCAAUCCUGAAUAUUGUUUCCACACGUGCACACCGACACAAACCUGCAGCUUUCUCCUCAGAUUAUUUACCUUUUGAGCUUUAGACGGUGAUUCAGGGUGAUAACGACUAAUAAAUGUGUGAUCAUUGGGGUGAUGUGCUCGGUCCGACCACCUGACAACAAGCCUGUGUCACAGACAUCUGAAAAGAGGCCGAUUCCAGUGAUUGUAAUUGAUAUUUAUUUUCGUAAACAAGUUAAUUUAUGAGGCUGUUAUAUUUAAUGUAGUGUGAGAGGAAAAGAGGCUGUGGAGCUCGGAGGAUGCUUCCAUGCUGGUCGUGGGGCUCCUCACGGCUCCUGUUAGGGGCCACUCUGCUGGUCUGAGAUCACUUUAUAAGUUAAAGUUGUACGUGAUGUUUUUACGAGAGGUUGUGAAACAUAAAGCCUGAGAUGGAAGAAAUAAACGAUGUUAUAUGACUGA